AUGCCGCAGCCCGAAUGGGGCGAAGGCCUCGAGCGUCCCGCACCCAACUACCCCGAGCCUCCCGCAUACGAAGAGUACAUUCAGCCUCCCGUCGAGCCGCAACCUCAGCCCGACCCUGAUAUUCCACAGCCGAUAAAUUACUUCCCACCGAGACUCCCCGCCGCAGUCCCUCGUGCUCCUGCACCCCCACGGCCACCUCCAUAUCCACGUCAAAAUAUACUCCCUCCUCUCAAUCUCCCCAGAGGUCUCCAACUUGGUCCUGAUAAUCCUGUACUCAUGGCCGUUAUACCACCCGAAUACCUCCCCUCUAUCCUCAUCUGCCACGUAAUAGAAAACGAUCUCUUCCAGAGACAAGUCGGUAACAUAUAUCUACGUGGUUUACACCCUGGCAUGUCAUUUUAUGAGAUCAAGGAUAUGUUGGUGGCAGAGGGAUUAGGUAUCGAGAGGAUGAAUAUAAGAAUUAGAGUAGACGAUGGGGGAGCACAGCGAGAAUUGGCGGAUUGGGAGAGGAGAAGGACUUUGGGGGAUGGGGUGGCGGUGUUGGUGGAUUAUCCGAAUGGUUUGAUGUUUGGGGAGUGGGGGUGGGAACCCCUUUGA